AUGUAUAAGACGAAUUACACAACGUUACUCGCAGUACCUGGCUUCCCAGACCAGCACGACUGGAUAUCUCGGGAGUUGUACUACACGCUCUCCGCCGCCAUGUUUCCGUGGUUCCUCCUGACCGUCAUUGGGGUCGUGGGCAACAGUCUGAGUAUUGUGACGUUUUUCAGCCUCGGUUUAAGGGACAGCGUCACUUUCCUCUUCUUCAUUCAGUCCGUUUCCGAUUUACUAGCUUCCUGCGCAACGUUUGGUUAUCUGCUGUUCGUUGCAUUGUACAUCGUUGAAGGAUUUACGGUUUUACGGUUUUCGUUCGAUCCGAACGUCAUUGCUACGGUAUCCGUCAACACCAGGGACACCUUCUACUGCAUGUCUGUUUUAACAACGACGUUCAUCGCUACACUUAGAUGUCUCUCUGUCUACAAACCGAUACGAUUCAAAGGAUUUGUGACAGCUCGUCGGAGCUACAUCUCCACAGCUAUCCUUGCUCUCGUAUCCCUCGCGGUUUACGGACCUUCGUCUCUUACUUACGAAUUCCAGCAGUACGGUACAGAUUUGAAGAAUAUUUCCCGGUUUGUCAUUCGAUAUACUGAGGUUUAUCGUAAGUCGAGCAACUUUGAGAAAAUUGUCGGCGAUACGAUUAUGACGUUGGCAGCUCAAUUCAUCGUUUCACUUUGCCUCUUCGUCUUAGCGCAUGGCUUGGUUUCUUCAAUAAAAUUUCGACUCCAAAGUUCUUCUGUCCAACGUGCAUCUGGAAAUAGAAUUGGACCUUUGAGGAAACAGGCCAGCUCCUUGCAAGGGAAAGAACUUCAGGCAGUACGCCAAGUGUGCCUUGUAGCCCUCAUCUUUGUUCUCUGCAACAUGCCUAAAGUGGGAAUAGCGUUUGGUAGAAUGUUUCUAGACGGAUUCGCUAUUUACGGGAAAUAUGGAACGCUGUAUCAGCUCAUUGUGCACGUGCGGAUAUUCACAGACACCAUAAAUAGCUCUGUUAAUUGCUUCGUCUACUACCGCUACAACUCCAACUUCCGAAACAAAUUAAAAGAAAUAUUAGAUCUUGUUUCGGAAUAA